AUGACAACGAUAGACGGGAAACUAAACGCAAAGCAGCGCCGCAAGCUAUUGCGAGAGCAGCAACGACUUUUGAAGGAUUUUGAUUAUGCGAACAAUGACAGUUCUUCCACGCAAAAACAAGAUCAAGAACGAGUGGAUUGCGUCAAGCAGGAUCCAAACAUUCCCGUAGAGCACGAGAGAAAUGAUGACGGAUUAGCUGAUGCAGCGAAUAUGAUCGACAAGAUUGACACCGAUACAGGCUCUUGUGCUGACGUGGGCUCGAAUGCUCAGCAACUCCAAGUUCAUAAACACAAAGCUAAGCGCAAAGCUAAUGGAGUGGACAGCAGCAAGACUGCAAAGAAGCAGAGGAAUGGACGUGAAGCUACGGCGAAAUCCAUUGACAAUCACAAAAGUAUCCAUUUAACACUAUUUGUGGGUCAAUUGCCUUUCAAAGCCACUGAAGAGAUGAUUCGAAAGCAUUUUGCUGAGUCAGGCGAGAUUCAAGUGCGCAUGUUGACAGACAAGAAGACAAAAAAGUUCAAGGGAAUGGCUUUUAUUGAAGUUAAAGACAGUAAAGCUUUGGGAGCUGCACUCUCACGUCACCACACGCUGCUACUAGGACGUCGAAUUAAUGUUGAGAUGACGGCUAGCGGCGGUGGCACCAAGUCAGAGAAUCGUCGCAACAAGAUUGAUUUGUUACGAAAAAAGCAGAGCAAUGUACAAGUAGAGAAGACAAAGGCUCUGAUUCAAAAACACAUCGAUGGUCAGGAGUUUAAACUUCAGCAAGAUGACGUGGAUGAUCGUAUGAUUGAUUUCUUGUCAUGGUUUGAUUACGAGACGGCAAAAAAAGCACUUGACGAGUACAAUCGCUGUGUGAGUGACAGAGUGAAGAACCGCAAGGCGUUUUUUAUGGGUAUCUUAAAGCGAUUUAGACAAACGGAUGGUGUCGAAUAG